AAGUGGCCCGUGCUCCAGUCUAGCGGUUCUCCAGGAUUCAAUGAGGCCAGCAGCAGGAAAGCUCGGCAGGAUCUGGGAUUUAUGCGGGAUUUAUGCGGGAUCUUCGGGCCUGGUGGUAGCAGAACCGGCGGGGAUCCCGGUGGAGCCGUGACCGACGCCCGGGGCCCUUGAGGCGGACUCGUUGGCUCCGCUGCUCCGCUCCUGGUGACUGGAUCAGCGCUGAGCUGUUGGCAGGCCAAAGAUGGACCAGCUGUCAGAUGACGAGGUGGAGGUCAGGGGGGAGGAGGACGAAGAAGAAGAGGACAGCGAUAAGGAGGACCAGGACCUGGACAAGAUGUUUGGAGCCUGGUUGGGGGAGCUGGACAAACUCACUCAGAGUCUGGACGAUGGACGUCCAGAGCCUCCCCCGCAGCAAAAAGCCCCCCUCAGGCAGGAGACCAACAUGGCCAACUUCUCCUACAGAUUCUCCAUCUACAACAUCAACGAGGCUCUGAACCAGGGGGACAACGUGGACCUGGACGCUCUCAUGGCCGAUCUGUCCUCCAUCGAGCAGGAGCUCAGCACCGUCAGCCCCAAACCCAGCAGCAUGAAGAGGCUGGGCCUGACCGACACCAAGGUUCGCCAAAAGCCUCCAGCUGGGCGCAGUAGCAGGCAGCAGCCAGCAGGGGGGCCCAGCGGCGAGAACAACACUGGCAGUGGAGGUGGCAGCACCAGGGUGUCGCCGGCCGGUACCAUCAGAGCUCAGAGCGGGCCACAGGGGAGGCCGCCGCUGGCGUCUAACUUCAGUCUGGAUGACAUCACUGCCCAGAUGGAGAAGGCCUCUCUCAGCAUGGAUGAAGCUGCCCAUCAGGGCUCCUCCCACUCACUAAGCUCCGCCUCCUCUUUCACGUCAGCCUCGGUGCGACGGCCUGGCUCCUCUCAUCGCCAGCAUCGACGCACUGGAUCAGUGGGCACAGUCAGUGAGCACGAGGUCCGCUCUGCGGUCCACUCGUCCCGCUCCUCUGUCACCUCAGCGUCCGGGGUCUCCGUGAACUCCGCCUCCUCCAUGGACUCGCUGAACAGCGUCCUCAACUCCGAGUCCGAUGGACAGCCGGGCGCAGCUGAAGAACUGGGCCGGAGUCAGCAGAACACAGAGCACUCCUAUCUGGACAGGGAAACCUCUCUGAUUCUGAGAAACAUUGCAGGGAAACCUUCACACUUGCUGACUAAGGAGGAGCAGGCUGCCAAGUUCAAGGCAGAGAGUAUUCGAGUGGCCUUGGAGAAGAUCAAGGAGGCACAGGUGAAGAAGCUGGUGAUUCGGGUCCAUCUGUCUGAUGAGAGCUCCAAGACCAUGAUGGUGGACGAGAGACAGACGGUCAGACAGGUUCUGGACAGUCUGCUGGACAAAUCUCACUGUGGUUACAGUCCGGACUGGUCUCUGGUGGAAACCAUCAGCGAGCUACAGAUGGAGCGAAUCUUUGAGGAUCACGAGAACCUGGUGGAGAACCUUCUGAACUGGACCAGAGACAGCCAGAACCGUCUCAUGUUCACUGAGCGCAUAGAGAAGUACGCUCUGUUCAAAAACCCUCAGAACUAUUUACUGGGGCGGAAGGAGACGUGUGAAAUGGCUGAGAGGAACAAAGAAGCUCUGUUAGAGGAGUGUUUCGGAGGCAGCUCCGUGUCCGUCCCCGAGAUGGAGGGAGUCCUGUGGUUGAAGGAGGAUGGCAAGAAGUCCUGGAAGAAGCGCUACUUCCUGCUGAGGGCGUCCGGUAUCUACUACGUCCCCAAGGGCAAGGCCAAGGCCUCCAGAGACCUGGUGUGUUUCCUCCAGCUGGACCAUGUGAAUGUCUACCUGGGUCAAGACUACAAGAGCAAGUACAAGGCUCCAACAGACUACUGCAUGGUGCUGAAGCAUCCUCAGAUCCAGAAGAAGUCUCAGUACAUAAAGUACCUGUGCUGUGAUGACAUCAGAGCCCUCCAACAGUGGACCAACAGCAUUCGCAUCGCAAAGUACGGGAAGCAGCUCUAUGUCAACUUCCAGGAGGCCACGAGGAGGUCGGAGGCCGCCUACGACUGGUCCUCCCUCUCCUCCUCCUCCAUCAAGUCCGGCUCCAGCUCCUCCAGCCUCCCAGAAUCACAGUCCAACCACUCCAGCCAGUCAGACAGCGGCGUCUCAGAGAUGACAUCAUCAGGACACGCCCGCUCCCAGAGUGUGGUCAGCUCCAUCUUCUCUGAAGCUUGGAGGAGAGGAACUCAGGGAGAGAUGAUGAAGAUGGACCCUAUCAGUAGGCCUAUUCCUCUACAGAUCCCCACCCUCGCCCCUCAGCCUUCCUCCCACUUUCAGCCUCAGACUCCGCCUUCCCGGAGCAGCUACACCGAAGCUCUUCUUUCAUCUGAUGAAUCAUCCCCAUCACCUCCCUCACCUCCUCCUCCACCUCCUCCUCCUAUGGCAAGUGUGGCUCAUCAGACAGCACCCCCAUGCUCCUACGUGAAGUACAGCACUCUGGCUCGCCUGCAAAACCAGAACCAGUUCAGGACGCAGCAGGGAGGCGGGGUUGGCCCACACUCUCUCCCCAUGCAGCCCAGCACCCAACCAAACUACAACACUCUUCCAGCUACAUAUGCCCCUUCCCCACCAUCCCCUCCCCCACCUCCCCCUCCUGAAGCUCCAGCUCCCAGCUCGGCUAUGGCUGCACUGAAAUUCAGAACUCCCAGUCCCGCUACUCUUCUACCACCACCCCCACUAGAGGAAGAGACACAUGAGUCCGCCUACCUUCUACCUCCUCCACCAGAAAGCCUUGAAACCAAUGGGUUGCCCCCUCCACCCCCUCCACAGCCCCAUCCUAACUCCUGCCUUCCGCUUUCCAACGCAGGCCUUCAGCAGUUCCUGGCACAGAAGUUUCCCAAUAUGGAGUAUGACUUUAGCCUGGCGGUGCCUGAUGAGAACUCACCCCCACCUCCUCCACCUCCCACUGAACUCUCACUCCCAAUCUCUCAAGUUCUUCGCCCUCUGUCCCCUAAUGCUCCCCCGCCUGCACCUCCCAAAACUUUCACUGGUGGCUUUCCCCCACAGACUGCUCCUAAACGCUCAGGUCCCUCUUCCCUUCCCAUCAUGUCCCCUGUGUCUCCCACCCAGCCCCCUGCAGGACACGGGCUAGUCAAAAAGCAGCAGAGCUUCUCGACAGGACACUCCCCCAAUCAGCCCCCUCCCACUCUGCCGAAGCAGCACAGCCUCUCUUCCAAAAACCUGGCCAUCUCUCCUUCUUCCUUGUCCUCGUCUGUCUCCAUUGCGGCUGCUACCUCCUCUUUGGUCAAACAGAUCGUCAAUCAGUUCCCAGGAAAUGCCUCCAACCCUUCUGCCCCCCAGUCCCCUCCUGCAGUCAAGGCCAAACCAAAAUGGCAGAUGGGAGGUGUUGUGGCUCCACAGUCACCAGAGUUCCCUCCACCUCCUCCUGACAGCUCCCUGGGGGAUUUUCCUCCUCCUCCCUCUUCAUCCUCUUCCAAGAUAGGUUCGCCUAUCAAGAAGUCACCAUCCACAUCAUCCACAGGAUCCACAAAGCGGGGACCUCCACCCACCCCACAGAGGGCCUCCUCAAUGCGAGAUGGCCAGGAGGAGAGGCCAAAGAAGGUGGAGAGCCUGCUCAGCAAGUUUGGCCAAGCUCCUCAGACGGCAACGUCAUCGAGCUCCUCAUCAGCAACUGGUUCUCCUUCCAAAGACUCCUCAUUGCUUCCUGCUCCGCUCCCCAAGCCAGGUAAGCUGAACCUGGCCAAUCUGCCAUUGGCACUUCAGGGCCUGCAGACCACCCAACACCAUCAGCCGUCAGACUUCCCAUCACCUCCUCCCCCUCCUCCACCCUCCCAGCCCAUUCAUCCUGAGCCGUCAUACGACUACUUCCCCCCUCCUCCAAGUGAAUCUGAGCUUUUCCCUCCUCCCCUCCAACCAUCGGAGUUCCACCACCCUCCAAAGGUGGCCGUGGUGAACCCCCAGCCUCAGAUGCAGCCACCCUCACAGACGUCAAGCAUAUCAUUGUCAUGGAAACAAAGCUCGCUGAAAAGGGGGGCGGUACCUCCACCGACACUGAGUCGACGAAGCAGCAACACAGCUCAGUACGACAACACAAUCUCACUGCCCCUCUCACCCCCACCUCUGUCCCAAAGCCCACCUCCUUCCCUCUCCUCUUACUCAUCUUCUCCUGUCCCCCCAACCUCCCCAAAGUCAGCGGGGCCAGGCUCUCUGGCGCUCAAGCCUCACUUUCUGGAAGACCUAAAUCGCACCCUGAAGAGGAAGUCCGUGUCGCGUCACAGCUCCUUGAUCUCCUCCUCCAAGCUGGAGCCUGUGGGCACCAUGGAUGACAUGGCACUCCUUCCACCCCCUCCCCCUGAGCUCCUGGCGCAGCAGCAGGGUGUCCGAGGACAUGCUCACACUCUGUCUCGCCACCACACGCGCUCUCACUCCACCAAACAUGGCAACAUCUCAGGCUAUGCAACUCUGCGGCGAGGUCCACCCCCCGCGCCUCCAAAACGGGACCAAAGCACCAAACUGACUGGUGAGUGGUAGGAGGAGCAAGGUUUGGGGUGCAAGAACACUAGCUGUGGCUCCAAGAACUAAAGCGACCACCCAGGUCUGCAAGUAUUCACUUCUCUUUACUCCUCCAUCUUGGACUCUAACCAGUUUAUUGAUGUGCCGUAAUCUCAGAAUAUUAUUAUUCCUUUACUCAUCUAAACUCAUUAUCUUUACAAGUUUAAUCCAACAUGAGUCAAACUUGUGUGUACAUAGUUCGCAAGGCAGCAAAAACCCGGCUGCAGCUUUUUUUUUUACGUCUACGCAGCUUUGCUUUGAAACAGAAAUAGACUCAAACAGUUAAAGGACAUUUGGCUGCAAUAAAAACAGGUACUGCAUGGAGCCGCCAGUUAAUGACACUAUGGGAGGG